AGUGCCACGUUGAUGGAGACCAGUGGGGACGUGGAAAUCUGUCUUGAGUCCGCAACCGGGACCCGGUAGCCUGUUCUUCUGUUUGUACAACCGUUAAUCGCCGACUAGAAGCAGAAGGGGAACUCAAACGGGAGGAGGCUGUUUGUGUCGGUCUUUUUUUAUGUGUGCGUUUAGAGAAGUGAAGGUAAGCAGCUUCAGCGGAGGACUAAGAUCUCUGUCUGUGUGUGUAUGUGAGUAACUGUUCUUCUUCUGCUGCUGCUUUAUUUUCCUGCACAGGCUGCUAGCAGGCAGCUACUAACGUCCCCCUGCAGCUUCAGGACAUGCUGUACCAAAGCAAAGUCAACAUACAGGAACAGUGGCAUUAACCUGCAGACUUUACUCUUAGUUUACACUUGUGUAUCUCUUCAUAUUAUUAAAACUGUUCUCACUGCUGUUUGAGGCUUUUACUUUAACUGGCCCAUCAGCUGUUAGCUCUCUGCUAGCCUGGUUUGUACUUUUUGUUUGCCUGUGUCAACCUCAAAACGAUUAAAGUAUAUAUUUGCCUCCUUUAAUAUAAUACAGAGCUUAAGUGAUCAUUAGUCUUAUUUAAAGCAUACUGUUAUCUGUAACUUCUAUAUUUAUUAAGCCUAAAUGGAGAAAUGCACUUUAUUAAAGUGGGAGUAAUGUGUUUAUUACUACAUUUUUACCCCCUUUCUUAUUAAGGGGACCUAGUUUUAGUAUUUAAGAACUGGUUUAGUGGUGCGAAAGCCUGCCUUCACAAAACACUUAUACCCUACAGCCUGUUUAAGCCACACGCCUCCUUUAAAAUAAUUCAACAGGACAAAAAAAAUACGAUUUCAUGUCAUUGUGUGUGUGCAAAAUGCAGAUAUUUGUCACACACAAGCAUUUACAGUUAAAUGCAUUUAAAAACAACACCUUUAUAUGACAUGAAACCCGCUGCCAAGGUUCAGAAACUGUAACAAUUACCAGUACAAUUCAUGGCUUUUGUUGCCAUCAGUUUCAACAACUUUUAAAGGUUAAAAAAAGAGAAAUAUAUCCGGAAGAAACUGACAAUGGUGUUUUUAUUGCAAAUGCACACAGAAUUCUGUUAACAAAAACUAUGGGUAAGCAGAGUAUUAGUUGUUUUUGUUUUAGUUGUUGUUUUUAUAUGCAUUUGAAAACAACAUGUUUAUUUGGCAAGAAACCCUCUAAAACACUCAAUUUAUACAGUAUUUUAAAGAAGAUGCAGUAGAGUUACAUUAAAGGGUGAAUAUAAGGCAAGUUUAUUCAUGCAGCACAUUUCAGCAGCAAGGCAAUUCAAAGAGGUCAGAAAAUUGUAUGGGAGUAAAGCACUAAUAAAGACUUGAAGAGGGCAAACCUGCUCCAGACCACUUCAGAGAUCAUGAUUAUGCAGAAAAGGACAAAAUGAUAACAGUUUUUCACCUUUUCUCACUUGAAAUGCUGUGUGAUUAGAAUUUUCUGCUUACCCAUAAUUUAAAAGCAGAUUUCUGUAUGCAUUUGCAUCAAAAACAUAAUUUUCUUUCUGAUAUAUUUCUCUCUUUUGUAGCCUUUAAGUUUGUAGUAACUAUCGGCAACAAAAGUCUUGAAUUGUUCUGGUAAUUGUUACAGUUUCUGAACCUUGGCAGCCUCAAAAUAAGAGUGCAGUUGAUUUAAACCUCUCUUCAACACAAGGGGCUGAUUUUCUGCAGAGCUUACACUCUAUUUAAUAUAAAAACACGGUGCUAUAAAACUGUCAAACUCAGCGUUCAUGCGCAUGAGUGCAUUAAAAGACUUGCUAAUCACUUGGACUGCUUCUCCUGUCCAUACUUGCAGUAAAAUAUCCAUGGGGUGAAAAAUCUGCAUGUUAAAUCGGUUUGGUGGAUUGUAGUUGGUCUGGAUUUGAAGCACAGAAAUGUUCCCAUCCUGCAGCUUUAGCUCAGGGAGGAAACGCUGUUUUAAAAAGAGGCUAAACACCAAACCUGCUGCAUUCUCACGUCUCACAAAGCUGGACUACAAAUGAGUAUGAGGAUGUUGUGGACCUGUCCUUUUUAGCAGAAACAUGUUUUUCUUCAUGCCAGAUGAUUGUAAUCCCUCAGCAAUAAUUGUUGCAAGAAUAAUACAUUUGUGAACUUAUUUUUCCAGGAUGAAACUCAAAGAGAUCAAGCGCACAGCUAUCCAGAGCUGGAGUCCUGCACAGCAUCACCCCAUCUACCUUGCUACAGGUAUGAGCCUGCUGCAAACAGACUCCGUGAUGCAGACGCAGCUGCAGCUAGCUGUAUCUUGACCUGACGUCAUAUCAUUUCAGUCAAAUGUUCCAAACACUUAAGCUAAUGAGUCACAGAGUGUGCACCACAUAAUGACAGGGAGCUGCUUGAGUUUUCUGUACUGAAAAAACUCUCGAAGAGGUCUACCACUCACUCUGAAUUUGGACAUUAAAUAGAAGGUUUCUGCUUCUGUGUGAGGAAUGAAAACAUCACAGUCAGAGAUGGCGGGCGUCAAUAUGCUGCUAAAGUCUCGUACUUUUUUUCCUGAUUUCAGCUGGCAGCAAAACUUCUGCUUGUGUUUCUGAUCAAGCUAAUAUCAGAUCUGUUUCUCUCUCUGCAGGAACUUCAGCUCAGCAGCUGGACGCCUCCUUCAGCACAAAUGCCUCCUUGGAGUUUUUCGAGCUGGACUUGACUGAUCCGAAUCUGGAUAUGAAGUCAUGUGGCAGCUUUGCCUCUUCUCACAGGUAUAUGAAACUGCUGCAGACUCAGAUCUCACCUUUGAUGGCCAUGACGUAAUCUCCAAACCAGCUUUCAAUCAGCUGAAACUAUAUUUGACAAGCUCAGAGACUACCAAACAGCUGAUGAGAUUUAAAAAGGCCCACCUCUGCCUCUCAUCACACCGCGUCUCCUUUCCUUCCACAGAUAUCACAAACUGGUCUGGAGUCCAUAUGGGAUGGACUCUGACGCUCACCAAGCAGGGGUCCUGAUCGCAGGAGGGGAGAACGGUAACGUGAUCCUGUACGAUCCUGCAAAGAUCAUGAGCGGAGCGAGCGACGUGAUCAUCGCUGAGAGCGCUCUGCACACAGGUCCGGUGAGGGCGCUCGACAUCAACCCGUUUCAGGUGAGAUCUUUUUGCCCCCUCAAUAAUCAGCUGUAAAUUAAAGCAGAAGCAGUGAUUGAUUUUGUGUGACAUGGCCGUAUGUUGUGUUAUUUUCUCUGCUGCAGACAAACCUGGUGGCUUCAGGUGGGAAUGAGUCCGAGAUCUACAUCUGGGACAUGAAUAACUUCGGCUCUCCAAUGACUCCAGGACCAAAAUCUCAGGUAUUUUAGUUUUGGUUAUUAUUUCAACAACCUGUGUGGAUGUUUUAUUAAAUUCAUAUCAGUCUGAAAAUGGUUUCAAGUAAUAGAAACCAUGUUGUGUUUUGUCUUGAAGCCUGUAGAGGACAUCAGCUGUGUGGCGUGGAACAGACAGGUCCAGCACAUCCUCGCCUCUGCCAGCCCGGGCGGCCGAGCUGCAGUGUGGGACCUCCGCAAGAACGACCUCAUCAUCAAAGUCAGCGACCACAGCAACAGGGUACGUCGCGUCACACGUGCUGUCAGGUUCAGCUUUCCCACAGUCCUCUGCUGCUGCUGCUGACUCACCUGAAUCCUUCACCUACAUGUUUAUUUGUUUUUAGAUGCAUUGCUCUGGACUCGCCUGGAACCCCGAAGUGGCCACUCAGCUGGUCGUGGCCUCAGAGGACGAUCGGAUGCCGGUCAUCCAGAUGUGGGAUUUACGUUUCGCUACCUCUCCUCUCAAGAUUUUAGAGAAUCACACACGGUAAACACACCUGUCACAUCAAGCACAAAAAAACUCACUUUCAGGAUGUGAUUAGUGAUUUGUAAAGCGUUGCCUUUCUUCACAGAGGUGUUCUCGCCAUCGCCUGGAGUUUGGCAGAUCCUGAGCUUCUGCUGAGCUGUGGGAAAGACAGCAGGAUCCUCUGCUGGAAUCCAAACACAGCGGAGGUCAGAGUUUCCCGCAAAUGUCAGUGACAUGCAGUUAAUCGACAGCUUUAAUGUCGUCCCUGUGAUUAAAUCAUCUGCUCCACUCUUCAGGUUUUGUAUGAGCUCCCCACCAGCAGUCAGUGGUGCUUCGACAUCCAGUGGUGUCCGAGGAACCCGGCUUUGCUAUCAGCCGCGGGAUUCGACGGACAUAUCGACAUUUACUCCAUCAUGGGUGGAAGUAACCAGGCACAGAGUCAGAGACACGCUGACCAGGUUAGAUUUAUCAGUUAUCUCAGUGAAGCUGUAGCUGUAACGUGUAUUUAAGCGCCUCUUAAGUCUGGCUAACUUCUCUCUAACAGAUCAGCACCUCUUUCGGGAACAUGGAUCCUUUUGGGACGGGACAAACUCUGCCCCCGCUGCAGCUGCCUCAAACAGCCGUCACUACAGCGACGGUCACCCCCCUGAAGAAACCUCCGAAGUGGAUUCGCAGACCUGUCGGGGCCUCAUUUGCUGUGAGUCCUCGUUCUUCACGUCACGUCAGUUUGACCAACUUUGAUUUUAAACUCUUGACUCUCUUCGUGUUUCCUCUUCUCUGUAGUUUGGUGGAAAAUUGGUGUCUCUGGAGAACUCGAGGCCAAACCCUCAGCAGCUCCAGCAUCCCACCGCUCAUGUGGUCCACGUCAGUCAGGUUGUGACAGAAACGGACUUUCUGACGCGCUCCGAUCAGCUGCAGGCCACGCUGAGUUCAGGGAGCUUCGUGGACUUCUGCCAGGGGAAGAUCGACGCUGCUGAGAAUGAGUUUGAGAGGACAGUUUGGUCGUUUCUGAAGGUGAAAUACAAACAAAAACCUUUCCCAAAAACAACGCAAUUAACUUCUUAUCAAUAAAUAAUGGUUUUUAUUUUCUUUUAAGUUUGCAUCUUUUGUGUUUUCAGGCUAAUUUUGAAAGUGAUAUCCGCAGCAGAUACCUGGAACUUCUGGGAUACAACAAAGAGGAGCUCGCCUUGAAGGUCAGUCGAAUCUCUUGAAGUGUUUUUAUGACCCUUUUUAAAACGUUUCUUGUCAUAAUUUUUUUUUUUUUUUCACCAGAUUUCUGCAGCACUAGAAGAAAAACCUGCUGAUCCUCCACAGGUGAGACUAUUAAGAGCUCUUACAGUUAAAGUGAAUUUAAAGGAGCAGUACAACAUUAAGUUAAAGCGUCGGAGUCUUUCAGCAGGUGUUUUUGGGAUGAUUUUGUCUUUGUUGACAGAUAUUAGCUGCACCAGAGGAAAUACCUGCUGACCCUCCACAGGUGAGCUUUUAUUUAUUCAUGUUAAAGUCAAACUAAAAAUAAGAAAUAUACAGUGAUGGAAGAAGCAGAAAACUAAGAGAGCCUAUCUAAAGCCUCCUCUGAAAUAAUGUUUGAAUAUCAUAAAUCAGGGGUGUCAAAGUCAAAUGGACGGAGGGCCAAAUAAAAAAUUUAGCCACAAGCCGAGGGCCGGACUGAUGGAAUGUUCAUUGAAAAUUUUUUAAAUGACGCAUAUAGUCUACUGAACCUAAUUGAACCUACUGAAAACCUAACAAAUAUAUUCCAAUAUGAUCAGAUAAAUAAAGCAAUAUUUUCUUCUGGCUCUGUCAGUAAUCUUUAAUUUUCAACAGACACAAAAGACAAAUUUCCUUUAUAUAAAAAUCCCCAUAGCAUGAACAUUAAAUGAAAGAAACCGGUAUUAUUCAAGGCACCAUCAGUAGCCUAUAUUUUCUAUUUUAGCAAAAGUGGGCUAAAUUUACUUCAAAGAAAAAAAUAAUAACAGCAAUUUUCUAUCAUCCACUCAACUGAAAUAUUUUUAAAAUAUAAUUUUGUUUUUGUCCGCGUGUUUCGUUUCAUAAUGUCGUCUCAGAUUAUACUCUUUCAGUACCGCCACACUUUCUCCACACAGAAGACACACAGGUUUUCCAGCUACCUCCGUGAACAUAUACUCAGACUCCCACCUUGUUUGAAACCCCCGGUUCUCAGUGUCCACCUUCCGUUUUGCCAUUUUUGAUGGGUAUCUGAAAGUUAAUUUUACUGUUAUGCUGACGACUGCUGUGCUAAUAAAUAUUGAAAUGAAGCAGCCUACUGCUCGGUGCAUCACCGUUGCAUUGUGGGAAAUGUAGUAUUGGUGCGUGUAAAAGAUCUGCGGGCUGCCGGCUUGCUGCGGUCUGCGGGCCGGUUCUAAUAAUAAAUCAAGAUCAUCCCAGGGGCCGUAAAAAACCUUCUCUUGACUCUGACAUAUGUGUCAUAAAUAAAAAAACACCAAAUUGACUAGCAAAAAAGUAGAUCAAUAGUGCAUUUUAAAGGGACAGCAUAACAUUUUCUGAAAUGCAUUAUUUGCAGUUCUUCAAAGAGUAAAUCCUCUUAAGUGGCACUCACACCUAACGUGAGUAAAAUCAUCUACCCGCUUAAUUCACACGAAUCUAAAUGCGUAAAUGAAUAGUAUUUCCUCGCUUCAUUUGCACGUCAACGACAAUUUUAACUGUAAUCCCUGCCAAUUCAACUGGCGGGAUCAAGUGAUAGACAAAGGUUUUUUACAAUUUACCAGGUAAUCCGACCUCCUCACUCACUUGAGCAGGCUCCUUUUUAUUCUGGUUUCGGUAAUUAAAAGAAAAGGUAUCAUAUAAUUCGGGGCACCCACACGCCAACACAACCGUUUCAGUGCUGUGUUUAAGUUACUUCAGAACUCAGAUGUCAGAGCUAAAAAUUAGACCAUGCCCGGGUUCCCAGCAUUUCAGUUACAAAGUCAGAAAAAAGCAAAAUCGGAGGCCUGAAACAAAAUGGCUACAUCAAUGAAAGUUAUUUUAGCGCUUGCCUCGAACGCAGCAUAAUACGUCACCUGGCAACCCUCGUGCUAAUUAGUUAUCGUGACGCGAAUAUCCGCUCAAGUUGAGACAUUUUCCGCUCCCGCCCGAUUCGCGUCCUUCAUGAUAGUAGAAGUGUCCAAUCAUGUCGUUGCAUUGACUUAACGUAAUUCAUUCGCGCGAAUGAUUUUACUCAUGCUUGACGUAUGGAGACAGUUAGAGAGAUUUAGAAAAAACUUCCAUUAUGUUCGUCAAUUUUGAACUUAGAUUCAGGAAGCUGUUUGCUUUUGUUAGCUUAGCACAAAGACUGUAAAGAGGAGCAAACACCGAGCUUGAAUGUGUUCAAACAAAGAAAGUCCAUCUCCUCUCACCUCCUACCUUCACUCAUGGUAGCUUUGUCCGGGGGCAGAAUUUUGUUAUCAGGAUAACUGUGGAGUAUUAUUGUAAAAAUAAUGUCUGUGUCAGUCUUUUAUCAAAUGUCUUUCAAUGUAUUAUGUGAUAAAUGUUUCCUCUUUGUUUCAGAUUUUAGCAGAACCAGAAGAAACUCUUGCUGACGCUCCACAGGUGAGUUUAAGAGCAGACACUCGAGACUUAUGCAAAGCUCCUUUUUGUAGCAUGAACUCUUGGACAUAAAACAGCACAAUAAAAAUGAACUAUAAUGACUGAAACAACAUUUGAGAAACUUAUUUAAAGUUUCAUAGAUGAAAUUAAAGCCGCUCUUCCUCAAACCCUCAGGAGGACGUUCCUCCUCCUCCAGCUGCCUUGCAGCCUUUCAUGGACCUCAGCCUGGUGCCUCCCAUCGACACUCCUGAAGCAGCGUUCGACAUGAUCGCUGCAGCCAACCUCCAGCCUGCUGCAGCCACUCUAGAUCUACAACCCACUCCUGACCCGGAACCUGAAGAACCUGCAGAGACUGAAAAAGCUGCAGAGCCAGAAACAGCUGCAGUAGAACCAGAACCAGAAGCAGGAGAUGAUCUGCUGGCGGAACUAGAGGAAAACAUGGACCAGGUUCUUCUAGAAGAAGAGGAGGAGAUCCCCCUGGAGGAGGUAGCUCUUCACUCCACAACUUUAAAAUAAAAAAGACAGUUGAUGUUCAUACUUAUGCAUGGUGAUUCUAGACUGUACCCAGUCUGAACUGGAUCUGGAGCUUUGAUUUAUUGAACUCCUGAUGUUCAGUAUCUGCAGAAGGUUUUUCACAGUUAGUAUAAAAGUCCUGUAGAAGGACUAAACCAAAUACCUGAUGGGAUGUUUCUCUGGUGUUUCAGAAGGUGGAAGCUCUGGUACAAGAGGAAACCAGUCCUGCUGAGGUCUUAGCUCCAGUCGAGGAACCCGCAGAAGCACCAGCUCCAGAACCUGUUCUCUUUGACGAACUUAUCCAGGCUCCUGCUCCAGAACCAGUUCUCUUUGAUGAACUUAUCCAGGCUCCUGCUCCAGAACCAGUUCCCUUUGACGAACUUAUUCAGGCUCCUGCUCCAGAACCGGUUCUCUUUGACGAACUCAUCCAGGUUCCAGCUUCAUCUUCAGAACCAGAUCCCUUUGAGGAGCUCAUCCAGGCUCCUGCUCCAGUUGCAGAGCCAGAUCCAGUUCUUAUCGAGGAACCUGCCGAGGUUCUCGCUCCAGUUUUAGCCCCGUCUCCUGUUCCUGCUCCGGCUCCUGCUCCCACUCCGGCCCAUGAAGGAGGAGUCACCCUCAGCAUCAGUCAAGGUAGGAACUCCUAAACCAGCUGAGAUCCCCUUCAGGUCCUGGAUGUGUUGGUUUUUGUCUAAAUCCUGGACUCGAUGGUUUUUCUGCAGAUGUGGACGGUCUGAUCACCCAGGCCCUGCUAACCGGAGACUUCGAGGGAGCGGUCGAGCUCUGUCUCCAUGACAACCGCAUGGCAGACAGCAUCAUUCUCGCCAUCGCUGGAGGACCAGAGCUGUUAGAGAAAACCCAGAAGAAAUACUUUUCCAACACACACAGCAAAAUCACAAAGGUAAGAGCGAGUUUAAAACCAGUUUUAGGUUUUGAUCGAGUCCGUCUCAGAUGGUCUAACAGAGUCUUCUCCUCCAGCUGAUCAGCGCGGUGGUGCUGAAGGACUGGCACGACAUCCUGAAGACCUGCGAGCUGCAGAACUGGAAGGAGGCUCUGGCUGCCGUCAUGACCUACGCCAAGCCAGAGGAGUUCUCCUCACUCUGUGGUCAGGACCAGUAUUUAGAUAAUCCUGCUCUGAAAUGAGUUUUGCUGACAUUUAUUUUGGAUCCUUUUCUACCUUUUUUUUUCUUUUAAAUCAAACUGAACAUCUGUGUUUGUCAGAUCUCCUCGGGGGCAGACUGGAGACAGCAGAAGAUUCCCAGCUGCAGGUUCAGGCCUGUCUGUGCUACAUCUGUGCUGGAAACGUGGAAAAACUCGUGUCUUGUUGGACCAGAGCGCAGAACGGACACAGUCCGCUCUCUCUGCAGGUGGGACGAAAAUUAAACUGCAGCUCUGUUUCUGAUUUGUUUUGGUGUGUGAAAGUGACACAGGUCUCUUUCUGGUGACUUUAGAGCUUUUUAACCCAGUCAGGGAUUUUAUUUUGGCGUUUUCAGACACCAGAAAGCUUUAGGAACUUUUGCCCGCUCUUUUAUCAGUUUCAGAGACGGAUACUUAGUUAGUGAAGACUAGGGUUGCAAAGGGGCGGUAAAUUUCCAGAAACCGUCCAUGGGAAGUUGAACUGGGGAAUUUUGGAAAUAUUCCAAAUUGGAAACUGUAGAAUAAAAUAACUAAAAAGCUGGUAAAAACACUGUUACGUCCUGAUAGGCUAGGGGUACUCAGGACUAACAAAAAUAGCAAUUGAAAAACCAGGCAAGGAUGGAAAUGGCAAGAAUAUACAAUAACUCAAGUAUUUUAAUAACGAAACUCAGGUCAGCACUACCACAAACGUAAAACAAUCCUCACAAAACCAAGGACGAUAAUAAUUAUAACACAAAGCGAUCCUCACAAUAACAGGACAACUACCAAUAACAGGUGACAGCUACAAAAACUCACUAAAAGGAAAUAAAAGAGACACCACUCUGUCUAAACAAAGAUAAAUCACUUUUCCAAUCACUAUUGACUCACUUUUACAUGCAGACACAUUCACACAGGUACUCACACACAUAUAUUCGUAACAAACACUGAUGCAGUGGCAUGAACAGAAAUAUAGUUGGCUAAACAACUGGGAUGGUCUUCAAAAUAUUUAACUAUCGAUGUAUGAAUUAUUGUUCGGUUACAGAAAAACCGUCUUGCAGGAGUCAGAAGAAACAGCAUCACAUUCGAGGAAGCUACCACCACCAUAAUAAGCUAGCCCCUUAAAUGGUCAAAUCAAAUAGUUUCUAAAUGUAAGCUAUUUUUCAUUUCAUUAAUUUUUUCAAGUUAAAUAAAAAUACUUUUACAGAUCAAAUAUAUUUACCCUAAAGUAUUAUCAAAACUCACUUGACUUUCUAAGGUCCGUGGCCUCAAAUGUCUUGUGCUUUGGGCCUCCAGGGUUCAAGAAAUUAUCUGUGCAUGUCAUUGAGGAGUGAACUUGCAAUAAAUCUGGUUGUUUUAGCCAAGAUUAUGCUACAAUAUAUUUUCACCAACUAUAUUUAAGUUCCCUGUUGAUGGCCAACCUUCAAUUUUGUAAAGUUUAGAUAUAUUCCCGUAAAUUCCCAUGGAAAGUUUCCAACUUUGAAAAUUUCCAGAAUAUUGCAACCCCAGUGAAGACUAAAAAUCAUCGAGCUGACCGAGUGUAAUUUUGAAUAAACCCUCCGUUUGUAGCUGAUACAGACUGUGUUCUCCCCUCAGGACCUGGUGGAAAAGGUGACGGUUCUAAGGCGUGCAGUUGAGCUGACGCAGCAAUCCGGCGCCUCCGCCAUCGGCAUCCUGAUGGCUGAGAAGAUGAGUCAGUACGCCAACCUGCUGGCCUCCCAAGGGAGUCUGUCCACCGCCAUCACCUAUCUGCCCGACAACACCAACCAGGUGAGGACUCAGGUCCACAAUAACAGAUCUAGACAGUGUGAUCGACUCAACAUGAUGGCGUUUGUACAUUCUUGUCCAGAUUAGAGGAAUACCUCAAACACUAUAACGUCUAUUUACACAUAUUUAGAGUCGACAAACAGGUUUCAAAUGUUUUCUAAACGCUUCAUUAGUUUGUUUCAGCCUGCAGAUGCAAAACAGGCACUAAGUGCUGCAAAGUGACAUUUCAUUUUAACUGUGUGUUUACUAGAAGUGUGUGUUUUUGCAGUUUGUCAGCUCAAGUUAUAAAAAUGAUUUUUUUCAGAGUAAACCCAGCAGAAACACUUAUGUCACUUUUUUUAGGAGUGAGUCUCAUAAAAAAAAAAAAAACAGGUUAAUAAUAUUUCUUGAAAGGCAAAAUCACUCUUCCUGUUAUGGCCUCAAUGCAGCAGGUAUUCAUUAUAUUUCUAAAGAGAUUAAGAGUCUUGAAACCAACAGUGAUGUGAUUUGAGUUAAUCAGAGUGUGAACUUCUGAGACUCAAACACCCACCUGAGUUCACGUUUCACCCUCCAGGUUGCCGUUCAGCAGCUUCGGGAUCGUCUCAGUCGGGCUCUGGGACAGGCGGCGGUGCCGGCGCCGGCUCCAGUAACUCCAGCAGCUCCAGCAGGUCCUGCAGCUCCAGCACAAACCCCGAGAGUUCAGCCUCAGCAGCCUGUACCUUACCGGCACGGCUCAGCUCUGCCCCCGCAGCCCUUCAACCCGGCGCAGCCCCCCAUGGUGCCUCAGCCCUCUGCAGCUGCUCCAGUCCCCGCACCUACACCUGCUGCCCCCGCCCCGUCACAGCAGCAGUAUUACCAGCCUGUACGUACCUCUGACUUUACAGUUCACGUCCUCACACGGUUUACUUUUCUAUAAGCCUGAAUCAGAGCAAAACUUCAUGGUCAUUAAAUUUUCACAUAUUAAGAUUGAAACAGUUUUAAGUGAGAGUGUUUUUACCUCCUCCAAAGACAGGAAACAUGUUCAAGUCAGACACUUGAGGACGGAUUUUUAUAAAAAGUUCGUAGUCUUCAAAAUUCCUGAUAAAGCUUCAACACUUUACAAAUCUUUCUACCAGACUUUAAAAUAAAAAACCCAAGUUUUUAGAUGAUCUCAGUUAAAGCAGGUUAAUAGAUAAAGGGGAAACUUGUGCUGUCAUCACAUCAGACUCACUUUAAGUUGCUGCAUUUCAUCAGAUUUAUUUGUCCAGAAACAUUCACUCUGAUUUCUUUGAUACAGAAACUAGUUCCUGUUACUACACAUGCUAUUGGAACAGUUCCUUGUUGCAGAAUCAUAAGAAAAAGAGAAAUUUGCACUUUAAGUUGAAGUCACUACAUCGGGGAUUGAAUGCAUCUUUUGAGUUUUAGGCUUAAUUCCUGCAAAAACUUUUAAUUUGAAUCUGGAAAUGCAAAAAAAAAAAAAAACUUCAAUCAGAAUCUUUAAUCAGACAAAGAUUGUUUAUGAGAGGAAGAUGCUCCUCUCUGUAACACUAAAUAAUAUAAUUUGUUGUAGUUAGGACCUGACUUGAGAGAUCAUAGCAAACAGGGAGAUAAACACCAUGUACUGUGUGCAAAUAAUACUUUGAUAAACCGAAUUAAACCAAACUAGAAUAUCAAGUUCAAUAUUUACCAACUAAGAUGAGUAAAACUUAAGAAUUAAUCUGAUUAAGUUAAACAAAAUAGCUGUAAAGUAUGUGUACAUUGCGUUAAAAUACUGUAAGUUAACAUAACUAAUAUUUGCAGCUGACAGUUGUGAUAUAAAAAAAACAUAUUAAUAAGGAGUUUAAAACAUGUCUUGUGCAGUAAAUAACUUUAUCAUCAGCAUAUAAUCAAAACAUGUUCUGGGGACGUUAAGACAAAUACUGUUGAUGUUAAUUGUAAAUGUCAGUGGUCCCAAAACAGAGCCCUGGGGCACACCGGUUAUAAUUGUUAAAAUGGGUCAGAGGUCAAGCCUUCAGUCUGCUCACUCUGUGAUCAGUUUUAUAACUCAUUUUCAAUCCAACAGAUUGAUAUGACAGUCCCGUGGUCUCCAUUUCAUAUUUGCAAACAGUAAAUUUCAGCUUGAUAAACUUUCAGCUCAUGGAUACCGGUUUGAGAGAAUCAUUAUGUUGCUGCUAAAAUAUGAAGUUUUUCAGUUUUUGUAUUUAGCCCCUCAUAAAUAUUCACAAAAACUCCGAAAAUCAGAAAAGAUGAACAUCAGAUCAUUGAAUUUAGUUCAAGUUUUAAGUUGGUUUAGUAAAAGCUCCAUCCCCGUCACAGUCCAGCUGUCCUCCUAGUGACGUCUUCAUCGCUCUCUUUGUGUUGGAGUCAUCUCAUUAAUUUGGUUUCCAUGGUAGCCAGGGUUUAAAUCACAUACUGGUUUAUAAAUGUGUAGUUGGAUUAUAAAUGGUAAUCUGUUCACUGUUGGGGGGUCUGGAUCUGUAUGCUUGUUGUAUCUUUUAACUGUGGGGCAUUUGUGAUUCUGUCAUUUGAACCCUGGCUCUGCUCCUGUGGUGUUUGGUCCCCCCUCCUCCCCUCCCCCCUCAUUCCGCGGCCGUCACUCGUGUGUGCGGUGCAUGUGUGUGUGUGCGUCUGUGUGUGUGUCUCUAUGUGCUUCAGGUGAGGGCUGCCUCCACUGUUACCUCCUGGAGUAACCAAACUCCAACAGCCCUCCCCAAUGUCCCUCCUCCUCCUCUUCAGGCAGAGCAGCAGGUACAAACUAACCUAAACACACACACCUGACCUCAACACACACCUCUUUACUUCUCUGCUGAUGUUUUUGUACAGGCUGACUUCAGUUCUUUAAAAGUAUUGAUACUCACACUCAUACCUGAUACCUCCAUAAACCCCACCAGGAGUCUGUAGUUAUUCUGGUGACAUCUGUUACCUGCUUUUCUUCAUCACGUCCCCAUCAACUGCUCUGUUUAUUGUCAUCUGUGAUCAUUCACUGCGUUUACUCAGUAGUACAUAAAUACCAGUUAUUAAAGAAAAAAAUUUGUGGGCAAAAGUCUGGAUUCCAACAUCAUAAUUUUAAUUCUGAGGUCAAAGACAGACUUCUAAUAUCAGGUUUAGAGUUUAGCAUCAGUAUUUUGAGGGAAAAUGUCUGAAUUUUAUUAAUGUUCCAGAUUUCAAAGUCGAAAGUCAAAUUUCCAGUUUUAAUCACAGAGCUCAAUCACAGAGUUUUAAUCACAGAGCUCAAAAGUGAAUUCUGAAUUCUGGGGUUAAAGUCGAAGUUCUGAUUUCCAACUUUAAUCGCAGAGUUUCAGAAUAAAGUAGAAUUCUAGAAAUAAAGACAGAGUUAUCUAAUCAAAUCAAACUUUAUUUAUAGAGCACUUUUCAGGCAAAAAGAAAUGCAGCACAAAAUCCUUUACAAUUUUACAAUGAAAUCAAAGUCAAAAUUCAGAAAAAUUAUGAAUGAAAACUUAAAUCAACGGCAACAUGUUUUAGACUGCAGGUUAUGAUGCACAAUUCGGAUUUUUUGUUAAAUCCGAUCUUUUUGUGCGGUCGUUCACAUUACAACAAUGAAUGCGGCAUCUAAUGUUAACGGAAUAUGUCCGUGAAGUGACCUGCAUGCUCACAAAGCACAAAUUGCUUUCUGCGCCUGUUUGUGUUGUCAAACAAUGGUGACGUUUGUCGCAUAUUGAUGACGUAUAGGUCGGAUGAACGCGACCUGAGCAUCCACACUGCAGUCACAUCGGAUACAUAUCUGAUUCAUAUCCACAUACAAAAGAGGCCUGGGUCAGAUUUGAAAAAAUCAGAAUUGCACUGUUCACACUUCCAUGAAAAAAUCAGAUAUGUGUCACAUAUGGUUAAAAAAAUCAGAAUUGACCUGCAGUGUGAACAUAGUCUAAGACAACUUUAUUAACCACACCAGGGGCAGUUGAUUUGUUCAGCUUGCAUACUGUCACCCUACAAAAACCCAAGUACACAGAACACACAUAAAGUAUAUACAGAAUGGAUAAAAGUAAAAUACUGUCGAGUGCAGUGGAAUCAAGGACCAAUAAAAAAUUGGUUAAUACAUGGAUUACUAAGAAUACUGGCAAAUAAAAUGUACAUGGUAAAAGAAAUUAAAUCAUAAAGAAUUUAAAAGACGAAUGGGGACGAACUGGGAAUAAAAGACUUAAGAAAACAUUUAGUCUUACAGACAGAUGAGACAUAGCGCUGACGACGACCUGAGGGCAACAAAGAGGACGUGAGAUAAAAUUCAGAAAAUUUGAAAUCAAAUUUUCGAGUUCACAGAAUUGAAUUUGGAAAACCGGAGUCAGAGUGUCGAUUGUGUAAAUGUUCUUAGCUCAGCUUCUCUGUCCCUCUGCCUGCACUGACUUCACACUGACGCAAUAAAAACUCGAGGUCAGCAACAUUUUUAAGAACAUUUCACUCAGAACUACUUCCCCUCUGUUUGCAGCACACAGUUAUUUCCACUUCAGACAUCUGUGUGGUGCACAGAUUUGUUUAAUGCUGAAGCUUUAUCUCCGAGUGUGGUUAUAUCAUUUACAGUAACACAUAAAAACAUAAUUUGAUUUUUUUUCAAAUGUCUAGAGACGACUGGAGGAGAAAUCUAUUAGUUUACAGACAGUCAUGAGUGAAUUUUCUUUUUUAUUUUGAUGCAGUUUUGAUAAAGAUCGUUGUUCCUCCUGCAGGUGGAGCCUCCUAACCCGAUGUACGGGAUGCCUCCCUCUGGCUCCGCUGCUGCUCCUCCUCCCUCCUCCACUCCUGCGUACAUGUUCUCCCAUCAGUACCAGCGUGAGUCCUCUGCUCUAUAUACUCAUUUUACUCUCAAAACAUCCUACUUCUCCUCUUUAAAUCCAUUUACUGUAUGUAAAGAAAGAUGGUGCAUCUCUAACUCCAACCACAGGGGGGAGCUCUAAACAUUUUGGCUUCACUUUAGUGGAGCUGUGAUGUCUCUUAUCUUUCAUACAGCCUUUGUUUAAAAUGAUGGCAAACAUUUUAUUUUGAAAUGUUUGAUCCUUUAACUAACUCUGAUGAGAAUGUCCUGAUGAGUGACCUGUUUGAAUAUUGACAUUUCUUUGCUUGUUUAUCACCUAAAAGCCGAACGAAGAGCAUGUCUGUGUGUUUCUGUUUGAUCUGCUGCAUGAUUCACUCGUUUCUUCACUAACAGCAUCUUGUUUGUAUCCUGUGUGAAUCCCAGGAUACCCUCAGGUCAGCCAGUACCCUCCUGGACCUGGAGGUGCUCCUAUCUAUCACCCUCUUCAGUACUCCUCCUCCUCCUCUUCCUCUGCUGCUGCUCCUCCUGCUGAACCUCCUGGUUUCCUCUCCCAGUACACUCAGCAGCCCGUCCCCUCUCAGCCCGCUCCUCCACUCUAUCCGGGUCAACCUUACAGCAGCCAGUGCCUCUCCUCCUCUCCUCCAUCACAUCCUCCUUUCUUUCCAAACGCUGCACCUUCCUCCUCCUCCUCCUCUUCUUCUUCUUUUUCUGCUCCUGCGCCCCACGGAGCGUCUUUCCAGCAUGGUGGGCCAGGAUCACCUGUGUCGUACAUGCCUCCUCCUCCUCCACCGUGCGGAGUCUCAGGUACACACCCGGACCCCGAGCCGGUCCCGGCCUCUCGGAGAACAGGUCUGCAUGGCUCUGAUCACUGAAAGUCCUCCUCCUCCAAACUCACUCAGCCUGAUUUUAAUAUGACUCCUGAUAUUUUUCCUCUCUUAGGUCUUUAACAUUGAGCUUUGAUAGUGUGUCAUGAUUCAGUAAAGAGGAAAAACGAGCUGCUGGAGUUAUUUGAACAUUUUAAAUCACUCGUAUAAAGCUGUGAUUUUGCUGCUUUUUUAUUUGCUGAAGUCAUUGAUUGGUUGAAAACUUGAAUUUUACCGGAUUGUUUCAAAUUUGUCUUGACGCUGCAGAAAAAAAACUGAUUUGAUGUUUCUAAAAUGACCUCAGUUCAAUCAGAAAAAGGUUCAAUCAACCCCAGAUUUAAGAAAAAAAAAAAAAACGAAUUAAGCGAUGAGCCUACACUUGAAAAAAAUAGGGUUUCUAAAAGAGAGUUGGAUGCAGCUCUGGUGUCUGAAUAUUUAGUAUGAGGCUGAAAAUGUGAGUGUCACAGCAAAAAUAGCAAAAAAUUACAUCAUGCUCAAAUUACAAUUUUUCAAGACCAAACUUGUGAGAGACAAAUAUAUUCAAAGGAAGAGAUAUGUCAUAAUUGAAUAAAAAUUACACUGGAAAAUAACCUGAAGACCAAAGUUGUAACUUGAUCAAAAUGAACUUUUAAAAUUAUAACUGGAAAUAUGAAUUAAGGAGGAUAAAGUUGUGAACUUAAGGGACUUAAAAAGUCUCAAUUUAUAAGAAUAAAACUGUCAAUUUAAAAGAAUAGCAAUGUUUCGACAAUACAUUUUAAGUUUGCAAGAAUGAAGAAGGAAAUUUACGACAACCGAGCAGGAAACCAACGGGAAGGAAGUCCUAAAAUAUUGAUAAAAAUGUGUAAAUUACAGGAGUGAAAUUAAAAAAUUAUAAGAAUAAAGCAGUAAAUUCACAAGAAAAAACACUUAAAUUAUAAACUUGCGAAUAAUCAAGAAACAUUUUGUAAAAUGUAAGAAUUCAAGUUGGUAAUUUACAAAACUACAGCUGUAAAUAUACAUGAAAAUAAAGUAAUAAAUUCAUGAGAAUAAAGUUAUACAUAUAAAAAAUGAAAGUGUAAAUAAACAAUAAUGAAACUCUUAAUUAAUUACUGGGAGGAAAUUUGGAAAAGUCUGCAAAAAAUAAUAGGAUAUCAGAAAACUCAAAACAUUUAAAUUAUUGUAUUUGGGAAACCUAUCAAAUGAUAUAAUAAAAAGAAAAGAUGAGUACUUGGUUAAAAUAUUAUUAUCUGCAAGUAAAAAGGUAAUCACCAGAUUGUGGUAUAAAGCAGAACCACCAACUAGGGUGCAGUGGGUGUGCACUGUUGAAGAGAUAUGUGUAAUGGAGAAACUCACACACAAAUUAAGAUUACAAGAAACACAAUUUACAGAAAAGUUGGAAAAAUAGACCGAUUUCUGGAGGCCAGAAGAAGACACCACCACUAUCAGUGGAUAAUAAGGACAUUGAUAUAAGGAGGAUUUAUGAAUGUGAUCAAUCGUUGUGCCCUGUCACUGUAACUGUUAAAAAAAAAAGAAACUCUUAUUUUUUCAGGACUUAGUUGUAAAUUUACAAGAAUAAAGUUGCAAAUUUAAAAGACUUAUUUCUUCAUACUUUCAGAAAGGUUUUGUUCAUUUAUGCACAAAAAUUAGUCACAUUAGUCACAGGAGGACAGAUUUGUUAUGAUUUAUUCAUUCAUUUUUAUAUAUGAAACCUUUUUUUGCCCAUAUCACCAGAAACUAAAUUUCCCCCCAAAAUUUUCCCUAAAAUUUCAAAUUUUGUGAUCAAAGCUGUGGAUAACAAACUGAUGAUUUUCACUCACUCAGAUUUAAAUCUCAAUUUAAUUUUUGUUUAUUUUUGUACACUGGCAGCGUCAGAUUGAGUGAAUGAUCUGGAUUUUGUUUUCUGUAGGACCUCAGAACGGCUGGAAUGACCCCCCGGCUCUGAGCAGAGCACCAAAGAAGAAGGUAACCCUCUCCAUGAAAAGGUUUUAGAUUGAUCCAGGACUCGUUAGAGAUGAGGGUGUGCUUAAACCUGUUUUCCGUCAUGCAGCAGGCUCCACAGAACUUCACCCCUCCUCCUCCCAUCACCGCUCCUAUCAUGGCUCCUUUGGGCGCGGACCCUCAGGCCCAGCCCGUCCCCCCUGGUCCCCCACAGGCCAUGGUGCAGGGCGGUCCACAAGGAGCCCAGGUCCCUUACUCAGGCAUGCAGCAGCAGCCGCCGCCUCCAACCAUGAACGCUACGAUGCCCAAAACCAGUAUGGAGGGACCACCAGGAGCCCCGACUGGAGAUUUCAUUCAGGUGACACAGACUGACUCUGAAAAUAACCUGCUGUGAUGAUUAUAGAUUAUUUUUACAUUUUUAUUGGGAUUAUGAUCAAUAUCUGCUCUCCCUUUCAGCCUCUGCAGUCGAUCCCCGCUGAGAAGAUCCAGAAGAAACCGAUCCCUGAUGAGCACCUAGUCCUGAAGACCACGUUUGAGGGUCUGAUCCAGAAGUGCUUGGCUGUAGCUUUGGAUCCUGUGAGUCCGUCAAACCAGGAUGAGUUUAUACUGAGUGUAAAAUCAUCAGUUAUCAGACGUGUUAACAUACUUUUUAUCUCCUCACAGCAAACUAAGAGGAAGCUCGAUGACGCCACCAAACGUCUGGAAGCGCUUUACGACAAACUCCGAGAGCAGACGGUGGGUUCAGUUUGGGGUGAAUUAUGGCGCCCCCCUGUGGACAAAAUCUCUAUUAUAUGAUGUAUUCAGAGCAGUGGUAAUCUUUAACAGUAUGUGUCAGGUUCAGGCCGCUUUAGUCGAGUUGGUCUUCGAAAAAUGUGGAUGUCGAUUAAGGAUGUCAAGGUUUGGGUUCCUCUGUUUGUCCCUCCAGCUCUCUCCAGCCAUCGUAGGAGGACUUCACAACAUCGCCAGGAGUAUAGAGUCCAGAUCUUACACCGAGGGCCUCAACAUCCACACACACAUCGUCAGCAGCAGCAACUUCAGCGAGAUCUCAGCGUUCAUGCCUGUCCUCAAAGUGGUGCUGACACAAGCCAACAAAUUGGGAGUCUGAACAGACGGAGAAACCUCCAAACUCCUCAGAGGAGCCGUCGGGCGACGGACGGGUCAGAGGUCGAGCUCAUGUCACAGGGAACUCAGUUUGACUGGCUGAUAGAACGAUGAAGAACUCAGAGAUGUGCGGAAAUCUAGUUUUGAAUCUUUUCUGUGCCAUUCAUGUUUUUUUGUUUUUUUUUAUUCAGGAGCAUCUCCAAACGUAAGCCAUGCUAUUAGUCGACUCAGUGGUGAAAGUAAAUUCUGAGCCUGCCGUGAGGAAAGAGCUGGAGGCCGAUUCAUCGCAGAACCACCGUCAUGCUAACAUUAAAAACAGGAAACGGUUUUUGAUUUUUAAUUCAAACAUGUUGUCAAAGGAAUUCAACGUAAUCGUAAACCUCUAAAACAGCAACUAAAUAAACACUAAAAGUCCUUAGAUAUAAAAAAUGAAUAUAUGUGAAUUUAUAAAAUCUAAUUUUCUGGGACUAGGAUUCAUCAGGAACAGAAACAAAAAGCAACUUUACAGGCAUUUUAGUCAAAAUGUGUUGAGACGAUCAAAACAAAUGAAGUCGCCUUCAGAAUAAAAUUAAUGUAAAAUAAUUAUUAGUCAAAAAACUUGGAUGAAUAGAAUCAAUAGCAGCAACUCCAAACUGUGUGAUCAUGCACGCAAGCAAUCAUUUCAUAACUAUAAGCUUCUUCAGUCUUUAUAAUCAUUUAAUAUUCUUGCACUACAGCAUUAAUCAUACAUGGAAAUAUGUCACUAAUGAGUCUGCAGCUAAAAAUACUGAGUGAGAUUUUCAAAAUGAUGUCAGUGCCCAAGAACAAUCAACAUAUUUGUCAGUUUCUCUGAUUAAAGAGAUUUUGUUUUUAAAUUUGUGAGUUCAAACCCCAAAUAUUUAGUUAAUUUUAUUUCAGCAUCAUGAGACAAUAUCUCAAAAAGAAGAGAUAGUAUUCAAAAAUAAUGGAUUUGCUUCUGAUUUAAAGGGUCCAAAUAAUGAGGUAUUACAUUAGUAAUAAUGAGUUAGUUUUUUUAAGUUAGUUUCAAAUGAUGACAAAACUAUCUGAUCCUAUAAAGGUUUGUUAAACUUUCUCAAACUCAGGACUUUUUAUCUUUAAAUUACAAAUAAAUGGACAUUUUCUUGACAAGAAAUCUCAGUUUGAUGAUAUGAAAUAACAUCUCAAACUAAAUCUAAGUAACUAAAAAGUCCUUCUAUCUCUCAGCAUGUUUCAGUAACUCAUCAGUAAAAAUAUUCUAUAAUUGUCUUUAUGAUGAUUUUCAGGAUCUGUUUUUUCCCCAUUAAAUUGGCAAUAAAAGGCUCCUGUAUUUGUAUUUACUCUCUGUCCCGUCUUACUCUCACCACUGGAGUCACUGCAUACAACACAUAGGACCAAGAUAAAGUCAGUUUGUGGGACAAGUCAGUGCAGUCCCAUCUGUCUACAAAGUUUCAUGUUUUAUUUUUUGUUUUAGUUUAUUUUUCACUGUAAUCAUGCGGCUCAGGAGAGUGCAAUGGACUUUUAAAAGACGAGGCUGUGCUUUUAUGAAAUUUUACAGUAUGCAUGCUUAAACAAACGCUACCAGUCUUCUGUAAACGGCAUUGGCGGUAAUUAUGUACUAAUUAAUCCGACCUCAGAGAGAAACUGGAAGGAGACUUGUACUCGAUUUUCAUUCCAACUAUGAUGAGGGCUGCAGUCUGAGUGGUCAACCUCAGAUUAUGUUGUUAAUAAAGGAAAACAAGUCUUUGUUUCAAGAUUGACCACAUGCAAUAUUUUCAAUAAAUAGUAUUUAUUUACAUUUUGAUUCUGCCUGUUUGUUCUCUUUUUCUUUUGCUUUCAUGAAAUAAAAGAGUGAAGACGACCGCAGCACAAGUGUACAUGCAGGUAACACACUGAAUCCAUUUAAACUGAUACUGAGCCAAACACAUUUACCAAAACUAAACUGAACACAAUGAUUUGGACGUAAAUAAAAAUGUAUUUUGAUUAUAGCCUGUUACGCACAGUAAAUACAUUAUGACAUGGAUACAGUUAGUCUGCUGAGGAUGUGACUACAACUGUAUCCAUAACAACAGUGCACUGCCAAUAAAUAACAGAAUGUUGCUAUGAAGUGUUGACCAAUCAGAAUCAAUCACAUCCAGACUCUGAGACUGCUCCACAGACACUUUUAUCUGUGUUCAGGAGUCAUCUAUUUAUUGAGUCAUCUAUUUAUUGAUUUUUACCAAAGUUAGCAUUUGAAGCACUGCCAAAGAGUCUGAGAAAGACAGUAAGCAAGCUAACCAGAAAUUUUCUGCUCCAUAAACACCAAUUUUAUUAAUUUUUGGUUGCUCAUGUCCCUGCAUCUCUGUCCCGAUACAUAUAGACCCCUUCCAAAAAAUUUGAAUAUCAUGGAAAAGUUUAUUUAUUUCCAUAAUUCCAUUAAAAAAGUUAAACUUUCAUAGAUUAUAGCCCACAAUUAAAACAAUUUAAAGUAUUUAUUUGUUUAUUUUUACAUAAUUUGGGCUUCCAGCUCAUAAAACACCAGGAAAACAGGAAUUCAAAAAAUUAGAAAACUGUGAAGAAACUGGUAUCUGGAAUACAGCACCAACAUGCAAUGCCUUGAGGUAUUUCCCAGGGAUAGCCUGAGAUAACCAAAGUGUGGAAUGUGGGCAUUGUGUCUCUUUUAUGGUACCUGGUCCAAACAUCCUGGCUGUUGAGGGUUUGCAGGUCACAGGUCAGAUAGGUGUACACUGUGUGCAAAAUUAUUAGGCAAGUGAGUAUUUUGAUCAUAUCAUCAUUUUUAUGCAUAUUUUCCAACUCCAAGCUGUAUAAACUUGAAUGUUUAUUGGAUAAAAGCAUAUCAGGUAAUAUGUAUUGGUGUAAUGAGGGAGGCUGGGGCCUAAGGAGAUCAAAACCCUAUAUCAAGGUGUGCAUAAUUAUUAGGCAGCUUCUUUUCCUCAGGUAAAAUGGGCCAAAAAAGAGAUUUAAAUGACUCUGAAAAGUCAAAAAAUGUAAAAAGUCUUUCAGAGGGAUGCAGCACUCUUGAAAUUGCUUAGAUAUUUGGGCGUGAUCACAGAGCCAGCAAACAUUUUGAUGCAAAUAGUCAACAGGGUCGCAAGAAACGUGUUAAGAAAAAAAGACGCAAAUUAACUGCCAAAGAUUUGAGAGGACUUAAACGUAAAGCUACCAGGAAUCGCUUCUCCUCCGGUGCUGUCAUAUUCCAGAACUGCAACCUACCUGGAGUGCCCAGAAGUACAAGGUGUUCAGUGCUCAGAGACAUGGCCAAGGUAAGGAAGGCUGAAACCUGACCACCACUGAACAAGACACAAGUUGAAACGUCAAGACCGGGCCAAGAAAUAUAUGAAGAGAGAUUUUUCAAAGGUUUUAUGGACUGAUGGGAUGAGAGUGACUCUUGACGGACCAGAUGGAUGGACCCGUGGCUGGAUCAGUAAUGGGCACAGAGCUCCACUUCGACUCAGACGCCAGCAAGGUGGAGGCGGGGUACUGGUAUGGGCUGGUAUUAUUAAAGAUGAGCUAGCUGGACCUUUUCGGGUUAAAGAUGGACUUAAAAUCAACUCACAAAUCCAAUGC